UGAUGGACACCGCAAAAGUGGCACAGAACAGCUAUACGGAGACGGCCGUAAAUAAUGCAUCAUCUCCCAAGAUCUUCCCGCCAUACAGGAUUGCCUUGAUCACCAUCUAUGCUCUUGUGCUUCUGGUGGGCACCACAGGCUUAACCCUCAUGACAAAAUUAUUAAAAAGCAACAUUCGCUCGAUAACUACCAUCGCCUUUCUCAACCUGAUGGUGGCACACUUUCUAUUCCUGCUCACUGUGCCAUUCAGAAUCUACUAUUAUGCGUACAAUGACUGGGGCCUGUCACCCGGUUUCUGUAAAGUAGUCAGUGCCAUGAUCCACAUCCACAUGUAUAUGGUGUUUAUUAUCUACACCAUCAUUCUUACCAUCCGUUUCUUGCAUUUUUACAAGAUUACUCAGCGGACAAAGUUCAACCGGCGGCUACAUGCGAUGUGCGCGAGUGCCCUCGUAUGGUCCGUGCUGUUGCCCAUCAUGCUGCCCGCCGUGGUGUCUCAUUACGGCAAGAUGGGUGGAGAUAAUUUGACCACAACACAAAACCAGUGCUUCAAAUAUGAGGAGAUGUUAGAGGACAAUCAUAUCUACAUUCUGAACAUGAUUGUGUCUAUUGUUAUUGUUGUUGUGUCGUGCAUUCAGGCCUGCAUCCAGACGAUUAUUCUGCUCUCAAUUAUACUCAAGUACGGACCCGCCAGUCGCUCCCAGCAGGACUUUAGGGUCCAAAUGAAGAACCUCUGCUUUGUACUCUUCAUGCUUACCUGCCUGGUGCCAUAUAAUCUGUUUCGGCCUUUCUACAUGGAACACAUUGAAAAGCUUCAAGAUAUAAACGAGGUGUUCCUAGCCAUUACGGCUCUUACCUGUUUUGACAUGCUGACGUUCACGGGUUGUGCCAUGUGCACUGCAGGACCUCAAGCUGAGGAACACUAGUCAGCCCUUUGUUAUUUGCGCAUCAAUGACGACAAGUCUUCUUUAUGGAAGAGCUGUUCGUGUCAUAAUAUAAGUGAAUGGGAGUAACCACGGAUGGCAACCAAAAGCUUUGUUCGGUUUAGGGUAACCUUAACCCAUGAAGGUGCACUCAGUAAUUUUUUCUUCAUUUAAAAGUUUUACCUCGACAGAACUGAAUAGUAAUUUUGAAACGUGUAUAAAAUCAUCAGCACUCACCUGAGAUGAAGACUCCAGUCACAUCAGUAACCUAUAAAAGCUGUUUUGUUUUACAUGGAGAGGAUCUCCUCAUCAGGCUGUCAUGUUAGAAACACAUGACCAGCCGAAUACUACCCAUUUCAUAUCAGUUACCACCCUGUUGUUGGACACUUUCUCUCAUGAACUGAAUUAAUCAUGGCUGACUGUAAAUAGUAGAUUUCUGCAAAGACAUCGGUAACUGAAACUAUUCGGUCUGAAUAAUUCUGCAUUCACACCAUUAGGUGUCAGUGUGAGUCCAAGAGGGCAUAUUCCAAAUAUUACUCAGCACACCUUCAACCAUAGUUUUUGCCUAGUGGCCUAGA